AUGGCAGCCCAAGCAGGUGCAUUACCAGAUCUCAAAAUGAUUGCUUUGUUUGGUGCUGGUGCGUUUGUAAUGAGAGGAGCUGGCUGUACUAUCAAUGAUAUGUGGGAUAAGGACCUUGAUAAAAAGGUUGAAAGGACCAAAGACAGACCAUUAGUUACUGGAUCUGUUUCAACUAGUGAUGCUUGGAUGUUCCUUGCUGCGCAAUUAAGUGUUGCUCUCACAAUACUACUACAACUUAAUUGGUACAGUGUAUUUCUAGGAGCUAGUUCUUUAGUACUUGUUGUUGCUUACCCUCUUAUGAAAAGAGUCACUUAUUGGCCACAACUAGUUUUGGGCAUGACCUUCAAUUGGGGAGCACUUCUUGGCUGGUCUGCAGUUCAAGGUUCCUGUGACUGGAGAAUCCGUAAUACUUCAUGCUUGUUCAAUGAUUCCGAAGUUGAAAACACGCCAGGGUGGGAAGCAUACGACUGAGCAGAGUCAGGGUGGAACAAGCAAGAAAAAAGGAAAAGGGAGAAGAUAAUUUAAUAAUUUUCAACAAAAUUUUUUUUACAUUCGUUUUAAAACUUAUAUUUCUCUUAAAUAUAUGCCGUUGUAAUUUAACUUCAUGGAUCUUUAAUGGUAAUGUGGUUUUAUCAUGAUAUUGAUGUCAAUAAUUAAUAAAUAUGUCUUACUUCACUAAAUUCUUAAUGAGUUGAUUUUGUUUAUAUACAAUACAUCA